AUGCCUGGAGUGUCUUCCAAGGUCAAGGGCGCCACGGCGAUGGCCGAGGACGAGCAGCAGGUGGCGGCUACCAUCAGCGCCAAGAAAUCCAAAGCGCUCGCGGCUGACGAGAAUGGAGCUGCGCCGUCCGAUCUAAUCUCCGCGAAGAAAUCCAAGAAGAAGGCCAAGGGCGGCGAUACGCCUGUGAAGCGGAAGCGUGAUUCCACGUCGCCAGCCGAAUCGGCGGGGGAGGAAGUUACGCCGAAAAAGAAGUCGAAGAAGGCCUCCGGAGAAUCCGCGGAGGAAGGUUCGGCGAAGAAGUCCAAGAAGAAGCAGAAGAAGUCGAAAGAAUCAGAGGCGCCAGCGGAGGAGCCGGAGAAGGAAGAUUCUGACGGAUCUGCCGACGCGUCAACGUCUUCUGACGAAGCUAACGGAGCUGGAACGGCGACUGCGGGCGAGAUUGACGGCUCAUCGGACGGUCCGGAGGAGCCGGCGGCGGCGGACGAGGAGGAUCGCGAGGACGAUCCGAACAGCAUCGACAACUUCCGCCUGUCGCCGGCCGUGAAGGCGGCGCUGCGUCGCAAGUCCAUCUCGUCGCUCUUCCCCAUCCAGGUGCAGACGUUCGACCUCGCUAUGGACGGCAUCGAUAUCAUCGCGCGCGCGCGCACCGGUCAGGGCAAGACGCUCGCGUUCGUGCUGCCCAUCGUGGAGCGCCUGAAGAUUCUCAAGGAGAGCGGCGGCAAGGGCGCCGGCGCUGGGUUCGCGAGCCGCAGCAAGCUGCCGAGCGUGAUCGUGCUGGCGCCGACUCGCGAGCUGGCGAAGCAGGUCGGCGACGACUUCGAGUACAUCGGCCGCGCCGCCGGCAUGUCCGUUGUGUGCGUGUACGGCGGGGCGCCCAUGGGCCCGCAGGAGCGUGCGCUCUUCCGCGGCGUUGAUAUCGUCGUCGGCACGCCCGGCCGCAUCAAGGAUCUGCUGCAGCGCGGGUCGUUGAAGCUGAACGAGGUGCGCUUCCGCGUGCUGGACGAGGCGGACGAGAUGCUCGACAUGGGUUUCGUCGACGACGUCGAGACCAUUCUCAAGUCGGUGGACGACCAGUCCAAGGUGCAGACGCUGCUCUUCAGCGCCACCGUGCCCGAAUGGGUCAACAAGAUAUCGAAGCGGUUCUUCCGUGAGGACAAGCGCGUGGUGGACCUGGUGGGCGGCGAGCGGCAGAAGGCGAGCACCAACGUGCGCCAUCUGCUCAUGCCCUGCCACACCAAACAACGCUUCCAACUCGUCGCUGACGUCAUCGCCACCUACAGCCUCGGCGGGAAGGUGAUUCUGUUCGUGGACACCAAGAGCGCAGCGUCGGAGUUCGCGCAGAACUUGGCGCACCUGGGGGCGCGAGCGCUGCACGGCGACGUCGUGCAGCAACAACGCGAGGUGGUGCUAAAAGCGUUCAAGUCAGGGGCCUUCCAAGUGCUGGUAGCAACAGACGUGGCGGCGAGAGGUUUGGACAUUAGUGAUGUGCAGCUCGUUCUGCAGGCGCAGGUCCCCCGCACCGUCGAGACCUAUAUCCAUCGGUCCGGCCGAACCGGCCGCGCAGGCAACACGGGAGUGUCAGUGUUGGUGGCGGACAGGUGGGCGGGGCGGAUAGUGUCGCAGAUCGAGCACACGGCGGGGGUAAAGUUUGAGCGCGUCAGCCCGCCACAGCCCGCUGACCUCGUUAAAGUCGCCUCCGCUGCAGUCACGACCAAAGUCAAGGCCGUUGGAGACAGUGUGGUGCCGCUGUUUGAGGGCUCAGCACAGGAGCUCAUCGACUCUACUGGCCUCUCGCCCCUCGCUGCACUCGCCAAAGCCCUCGCUUGCCUUGCUGGACACACGGAGCUCAAGGCACGCUCGCUGCUGUUGAGCCAGCAGGACCAGGUCACCCUGCUGCUGCGCUGCUCCUCACCCUUCUACUCGCCCUCCUAUGUGCUACGGUUCUUCGAGCAGCACCUCACACCGGACCAGACGCGGGCCAUCAACGGCAUCACACUCACAGCUGACGGCUGUGGGGCUGUCUUUGACGUGCCAGUCAAGGACAAGGACCUCUACCUGAAAGCGGCGGCGAGCAACGGGCUGUCGAACAUCCAGGUGGAGGAGGCCAAGACGCUUCCCGAGCUCAAGCAAGCUCCGAUGACCAGCAACAGCCUCUCUGCCAACCUCGUUGCACCACCACCCUUCUAG